AUGUUUCGCUGCCUGAUCCUCGUUUCCCUGCUCCCUUUAUUAGUAAUCUCCAUAAGAUGUUAUUUCGAAAGUGAUCCCUUGACUUCGAUUGCCAAAACCCUCGAAGAUCCAACCAAAGCCAAGGAAUAUGAAUGCCCCCCGGCUGAUAAAUAUUGCAUUUACUUUGAGGGGAAUGUAGAAUUAAAAGGGGAAAAUCAGACAUUCAGUGUGCGGUCUUGCCAAAGUGAUAUCGCCUAUUAUCUGGGCCCAAUUGGAGAGAAAAUCGGCCAAAAGAUCGAAGCUCAAUGCCAAGUAAGCCCCGCUUUAAAACAAUAUUUACUAUUGCAGGACGCUGGCGUUACUCGAAAUAAAAUUGGCCCCAUUUCCUAUUACUUCAAUUGCUGCACGGAUAUGGAUUGCAAACUGGUAAGUAGAUGAUUUGUCAAAAGAGUUAUAACAGCCGUUUAAAACUAAUAAAAAGGUUAUUUUCAGAACUCGGCCCCGUCCCUCUCGACCUCGGGGGUCUUCGUCAUGACCUUGUUGAUGACUCUAUUUAGCAAGUGGAUUCUCUAA